GCAUCCACGAACAAGGAGAACAGGUCCUGCCACACCGGCGGAUAGAAUGGCGCGCUUUCAAACAAAGGGGCCGAGAAAGUUAGAUAAGAGUAAUCCGAGACGCUCGUCGGAACAGGGAAGUUUCUCAGGGAAUUUUUCGAAGCCGAGAGCGACAGUAGCUCUGCAAGAUUAAUGCGACAGCAGAACGUUUAGAGGCUGGGGAAGUGUUCGGAAACUGCGCUGAAGAAGGGGCAGGUAUAUAUACACACACACAGAGCGAGCGAGAGAGAGAGAGAGAGAGAGAGAGACAGACUAGCAGGGGAUCGGACUUCUCAGACUUCACACAGACGACACAAUCUGCUUCAGACUUCCCAUUGGCGCUACCUGAUCCUAUAACCAAUGGCAACAGUCCAGGCCCUGCCUUUGACCCGAGAUCCCAGCACCAUUUAUUCAGCAUCCUCUCUGCCAUCUGCUGACUGUGUUAUGGGUAGUGUGGGCAGUCUAAUCGAGAAGCACGAUGAGUCACCCGACAAAGGCAACAAGGCUGUUCCUCAGGUCCCACAGCGGCAGAGCAAUGGGCAGAACAGGAAGGGCUUCAGCCAGAGAGAGCUGCUGAACUACCUGAACAUCACCAGGAAAGAGCCGAAAGCAGGCAAACACAUCGUCUGCAGCAACUCAUCCAUAAAGAGGGAGCAUUCCAGAGAGGAGGAGAACCUCUACGCCAAGGUUUAUCAUAAAGACGGUAAAGAGGUGGACCUGGGGAAGAACUCGCUCCCGAUAGGCGGCAAGUUUGACAAGCCUCGUUUCAGGUCGUCUGCCUUUAAGCCAGUGACGCCAAAGAGCUUUAGCUCCAUGCAGAACCUUCACCCGUCCAAAUCCGAGGAAUUGAUGAAUAGCAAGCACUCGUUCUACUCCAAGACGGCAUCCAAAUCUCUAUCCACAUCUUCCUCGUCCUCUUCGCCUUCACAGGUUGGCACCAGCGCCAACAAGGGCGUCCUGGCAGUGCCCCAUGAAGAGGAGACAACCUCAGACUCGGGCCAUAACUCUAUGAGCAGCCUGCCACCGUACCGCCCUCCGUUCCGCCCCCACCUGGGGCAGAUCAGCGCCUCCAUGGGUCAUAUCGAGCACAUCGGCUCCCUCGAACAGACCUCAGCGGGCAGCAGUGCUCUGAGCAUGGCCCCUGAUUCCUACGAGCUCUCGCACUCUUUGGAGGACGUGGUGAAGGACCUGGAGGAGCGACUACAGGAGAAAGAGCACGAACUGUGGCAGAUGAGGAGGAACCUGGAUGAGAGCGAGGAUGCCAUUGCACAGGUGUUUGAGGGGAAGCAGCGGCUGUGGGAGAAGGAAGUGUCCGAGCUGAAGCAGCUCUACACCACCAAGCUGCGUCAGGUAUCCCAGCAGUCUCAGCGCUCCCAGCGUGCCCUGCAGCUGCAGCUCUACAAGGCUCAGCACGAGCGCAGCCGAGUACAGGACGAACUGAAUAUGUUGCAUCGCAAAUACCAGAGCCUGCAGAAACAGGGCGGGUCUGGGCGGAGCCACGACUUCCAACCACAGCUGGAGGAGACCCAAUGGGAGGUGUGUCAGAAGGCAGGCGAGAUCGCCCUGCUGAAGCAGCAGCUCAAACACUCGCAGGCCGAGGUGACUCAGAAGCUCAGUGAGAUUUUCCUGCUGAAGACGCAGCUGCGUGAGACUCGUCAUGAGCUGUGCACCAAAGACAGCCAGCUGGACAUGCUGCAGGUGGCGCUCCAGGCCGCACGUCGCAAGCAUUCCCUGGGGAAGUCACUGCAGAACCUGUCCUCCCACCAGACCCCCGGCGAAGAUGGCGGGACGAGCAGCGCCACAGAGGACCGUCUCCGUGCCGAGCUGCUGCUGGAGCGGCGUCAGAGCGAAGCGCAGGCCUCAGCCUUCGAGGCGGAGCGCAGCACGUGGCAGCUGGAGAAGCAGAAGGUGCUUCGCUAUCAGAGAGAGCUGCAGGCCAGCUACCUGGAGAUGUUUCACAAAAACGAGAGCCUGGAAAGAGAACUGCAGCAGCUCCGAGGAGGUGGGGCUGGAGCUGUGGUGGGCGGGGCUCCAGCAGAGCCCUCAGGUCUUCCCUGGAUUGAAAGGAUCGAGUCUUCUGAAAUCUGAACCUGUGUAUACGUGUAGUAUACAGCAAGUGUGUAUAAUGUGUAUAUCAAGAAAAUGUACAAAAGACUCUAAAAGAGUGAAACUAUAAAAGCAACAUUUUCUUAAAAUAUUUAUAUCUAUACGAAUGUUUUGUUUGUGAAACAAAAUACGAACGAUUAUUCCACAAAUGGGGUGUGUGCCAGAGGAUUCUGCUUUUUUAAAAAGGGAUUUCAUUUUCUUUUAACAUCCUCUCAGAAGACUUAACACUUGCGUUCCAUUCACAAUGUUUUAUUUCAUAUAUUUCUACCAUAGUUUUUUCAGACAAAAGUCCUCUUCGAUCUGGGUUUGUUCUAGCACAGGAGGAGGUUUGAUGUACAUUGUGAUUUGAAAAGGGAAUCAGACUGACACAUUCGUUGGAAUAAAAUAUGUAAAUUUCCUCAAAGUAUCACUAAUAUCCUGGAUAAACACGUCAUGUGCCAGAUAUCCGUUAGCUGAUGCAAUAAAAUCAUCAUGACUAAA